AUGGCUUCCCCGUUAGCAGACGGUUCUUGGAACUUGACAGUUGAGGUUGAGGAACUCCAGACAGAGAGGGUGGUUCGCGUGAAAGGUGAGACGCACAUCGGGGGACUCAUGCUCAAGCUCGUCGAAAGUCUGAACAUACAGAAAGAUUGGUCAGAUCAUGGCCUGUUCUGGCCGGAGAAGAAUGUGUGGCUACUGCGAACCAAAUGUACCCUCGAUCAACUCGGGGUCACGUCCACUUCGACCUUGACCUUCACCCCCAUGCACAAGGUCAUAACUUUGGUGCUGCCUGACCUUCGAGAGAUGGCAUGCGUUUCUGUGGACUUCUCAGUCAACGUUUUCUCCGUUGUUGCCAAACUGUGCAAGGAUUUAGGCAUCAGACACUCGGAAGAACUCUCCCUCACCCAGAAACUCUCUCCCGAUGAACUGCGAAAGAACAAGGGCAUCUCGGCCACCAGGAGGUCCCAGCUAAGUGGGCCACAUACCCCCUACGGCCUCACCUCACCCUUUGACACGUCAACUCUUGGCAGCCCCAACAGACACCUUAGCAGUGGCACGCCGCAGAGCACACUCGGCAGGCGAUCCCUCCAAUCCGGCAACCCCAUGACACCGACCCUCAACUCCAGCACCCCCACAACCCUUUCCCGACAGUCACCCGGCUACUCUCCCUACAACCCAGAAAGCUUGAACUUUGACCCCGACAGCAGUUUCGCCAUCACCAUGCCAACCUCUAUAGAUGCCGUCAAAAGUUACCUCUACUAUCCCAAGAGUUACGCCGAGAAGGCAAGGAUUAAUGCUGGUUGGCUGGAUUCCUCACGCUCCCUCUUGGAGCAGGGCAUCAAGGAAUGUGACAUGCUCUUCCUCAAGUUCAAGUUCUUCUCCUUCUAUGACCUUAAUCUCAAGUACGAUGCGGUGAGGAUCAACCAGAUAUACGAGCAGGCCAAGUGGUCAGUCUUAUCCGAGGAGGUUGAUUGUACAGAGGAAGAGAUGAUUACCUUAGCUGCCAUACAGCUGCAGGUCACCCACCAAAGCACUCUUCCCCAGCCCUCUUUCGACCAGACGGAAGGAAAUCAGACAGACGACGAGAUAGACGCUGCCCUCAACGACCUACAGACGACCUUGGAAGGUUCGAACUUGAAUUCUGUCGACAAGGUCAACGGAGACAAUGGCGUCAUGGAUGACAUCACUGAGACUCCAGAACUGAGGGAAGAUAUGAGGUUUUAUAAGCCGAAGAAAUUUGGCCUGAAGACUUCUAAAAAGUACCACUUCACCUUCAAGGAAACCACCCUGACCAUUUCCAAGUUAUCAUCGUCGUCAUCGUCAUCAUCAUCAUAUCAUCAUCACCAUGGCAAUAAACACUCUCAUAACAACGGCAACCACAACGGUGCCAUCUACAGCAUCGAUUUGAAAGGUUGUGAGGUGAGUGCAGAUGUGAACGUAUCGACGCAGAAGUUCGUCAUCAAGUUGCUCGUCCCCUCUGAGAAAGGUGCUUCGGAGUUCUGUAUCAAGCCGGAGAGGGAGGAUCAGUACGCCAGGUGGAUGGCAGCCUUCAAACUGGCCACCAGGGGCCACACGAUGGCCGACAGCUCAUACGCCUCUGAAGUUAGGGCCAUCGAAUCCUUUCUGCGGAUUCACCACCCUUCGCCCAACCCCUCCCCACAGGCCAAGGUCAAGGACAUUUUGAAGGGCACCUCCUUCGAGGUCGAGUCGUACGUUGCUCCGAGGUUCCUUAGCAAGAUUAAGGGCACUAAUCAGAUCGUGCAACGCAUAAUAGACGCCCAGAUGAAUGUGGGCCACCUCAACAUGUUGGAAUCGAAGCUGCAGUACAUGAAGCUGUGGCAGGCGCUUCCAGAGUACGGCCUCACCUACUUCAUCGUCAAGCUGAAGGGCGCCAAGAAAGAGGAACUGCUUGCCAUCAGUCCCAGCCGCCUCAUCCUGAUGGACCUCUCCCGCGGUGACACCCUCAAGUCCUGGACCUUCCAGACCAUGAAAUCCUGGAAUGUGAACUGGGAGAUCAAGCAAGUACAGGUGUGUUUCGAAGAGGAGGACCUGAUCUUCCAGUGUCUGACAGCGGACUGCAAGGUGGUGCACGAGUUCAUCGGCGGUUACAUCUUCCUCUGCAUGAGGUCCAUGGAAAAUUCACACAACCUCGACCAGGACAUGUUCCAUAAACUGACCAGUGGCUGGGAGUGA